CCCACCCCCCUCUGAUAUCAGCCACUUGGUGCAGGCAUCCUGUUUAGUGAGAGUUUGCUCGGAGCUCAUUGGUUCAUGUUUCUGUCACUCACACGGGGCCUGGACAUGGCGGUCUCAGGCAGCUGGCAGCCUCCCCGGCCGUGCGAGGUCUACCUGGCCGAGUGGGAGCUCUGCCGCAGCGCCGGACACGUCCUGCAGCACUACUACGUCCACGGCGAGCGGCCGGAUUGCAGGCAGUGGCUGCGCGACCUGACUAGCUGCCGCGAGUGGGAGAAGAGCCACAGCGCCGAGGCCCAGCGAUCCCUCCGUGAGAGCGAGCAGACUCGGGUCCAGGCUGCUCAGAAGCACACCCUGGUAUGGGCCUUGAGGCAGAGGCCCCCUGCAGAUUGGAACCUCCCUCUACCACAGGAGAAGGACAAAUGACAAGCAACUGCAACCCUGCCCUUGACCUAGACUUUGACUGGCUCUUACUUGACCUGGACCACAGAGCGAAGCAUUUCCAGCUCUAACGGCCUCCUGUCCACUGGAUCCAGGCAUCUCAUCACUAUGACAUCACCUGUGUCCACAUGCAGGAAGCCAAGCACCAAGGCAGGUGUCUGAGCAGCCAGGUGAUGUCCAUCCUGUCUAUGCCACCUCCCCUGAGAACAUCCACACCAGAGGUGGCAGGCCUGAGGUGUGAAAAUCUCAAGUACACAGUGGCAGCACUGACCUGCGUGGAUCCAGGGCAUAGUAGUCAGAGUAAGGUUGCCAGGCUCCCUUAUUUUCUGACUGUGAACGACCCUCCUUGACUGUGAGAGAUGGACCGCAAUGUCUUGUUUAGCGAUUAUCGUGUUAUGCAAGUACGGAGCUCAUGCUUGUUCAGCUUCCCUGGAGACACAGUACAGCAUGCCCCUCUGUACCAGCACCUUUGACUGGUUUUUCAGACUUUAAAAAAGAAAGAAAGAAAGAAAGGAAGAAAGAAAGAAAGAAAGAAAGAAAGAAAGAAAGAAAGAAAGAAAGAAGGAAAGAAAGAAGGAAAGAAAAAGAAAUACAGCAUUGCAGGAACCAAGGAGUCUGGAGUCAAGAAAACCAAGUCCCAGGGCAGAGACAGAGUUCAAGUCCAAGGAAUAUGGGAUUUAGGCCUCCUGAUUUCUCCUCGUUGUUAAUGUAUUUUUAAAAAGCUGUUUCACAUGUUCGAUUCCAAAGGCAACCUGAAAAUUAAAGCCAUGUUAUUACACUUUAUACCUGUCCUAGUUAGGGUUUCUGUUGCUGCAGUGAAACACCAUGACCAAAAGCAAGCUGAGGGAGAAAAGGGUUUGUUCAGCUUACAGUUCCACAUUGUACUCCAAAAUCAGGAUAGAAACUCAAACAGGGUGGAAACCAGAGGCAGGAGGUGAUGCAGAAGGGGGGGGGGGUGCUGUUUGCUGGCUUGCUCCCCACUGCCUGCUUUUGUGGGGCAGUGAGCUGUGAUAGGCAGCUGGUCCCCAGUCAUCGAGCUCGGGCUUAGAACCCCAGAGACCAUGCUGGUGAGAUGGCUCAGUGGAUAAGAAUGCUGACUGCUCUUCUGAAGGUCAUGAGUUCAAAUCCUAGCAACCACAUGGUGGCUCACAACCAUCUGUAACAAGAUCUGAUGCCC